UGACAGGACGAGGGGAGAGAAUAAAAAUGCUUGAGCAUAAAUAACUCAUGCGGCGACCUACUACUCUAAAAAUAGAAAAAUUAGGGAGCUCUUUAGUAGGAAAAGUUUUGAUUAAUAUAAUUUUGAUAUACACCAAAAACCUGUUACCAAAUUGUAUACUAUGAGUAAACGUCACCAUCUACAAGAAAUGUUUUUGGAGUUCGACUGGAAAAAGAUGUUCACAUGGAACUACAUGAAGGGGCUAAUACUGAAUCCGACGCAGCUUUGGUUCGUGGCCACCCUGAUCAUCGCUACUGAAUUGGUCGUGAACGUUUUAGUGGUUGAGCGCGUGCCGUACACCGAGAUUGACUGGAAAGCGUACAUGCAAGAAUGUGAAGGUUUCUUGAAUGGAACUUUUGACUACAGCCAACUCCGUGGUGACACCGGCCCCUUGGUAUAUCCAGCAGGAUUUGUGUACAUAUAUUCAUUGUUUUAUUUCCUUACAAGUCAGGGUACAAACAUUAUUCUGGCCCAGUAUUUGUUUAUAGUUAUCUAUUUGUUGCAACUUGUGCUUGUUCUUAGAAUUUAUAUUAAAACUAAAAAGGUCCCACCAUAUGUAAUGGCAUUUACCAUUUUAACAUCUUAUAGGAUCCAUUCUAUUUAUGUACUGCGGCUGUUCAAUGAUCCAGUUGCUGUAUUAUUCCUUUAUGCAUCAUUAAAUUUGUUUUUAGAAGACAAAUGGUUCUUGGGUAGUGUUUUCUAUAGUUUAGGAGUUUCAGUUAAGAUGAAUAUACUACUUUAUGCUCCUGGAUUGUUCUUCUUCUACUUGAUAAAUUUAGGCUGGUUUAAAACUAUGCAACAACUAGCUGUUUGUGGAUUUAUCCAGUUAAUACUUGGUGCACCAUUUUUGUUCAGCAAUCCGAUAGCAUAUUUAAAAGGUAGCUUUGACAUUGGUAGAGUUUUCAACCACACUUGGACAGUCAACUACAGGUUUUUGGAUGUUGAUCUAUUUGAAAGCAAGUGCUUUCAUUUGACUUUAUUGGCAAUACAUGUUAUACUUCUUCUGAUUUUCUUGCCUUUGUGUACAAAAUAUUUUCAAACAUACUGUCGCUUAAAGUAUGUACAAAAACAAGUGCAACCUCAAAUUGAUUUAGAAAACAAAAUGAACCAGAGAAAAAGUAAAAUUAAAAACGAACAAAAAUUUAAAGCCGGAAUCGAAGUUGAAAAAUUAACAAAAGAACAAGAAGAAUUUUUGAACUCAUUUGAGAAUAUGUUGCAGAAGUCUUCUCAAAAAAGUCGAAAGACUCACAAAAAGCCUAUUGAAGUGAAAGAACCCACUAAAUACCACAUUAACUUUGAUAUCUUGUCUCAAAUGUUCAUACUUCCCAUGUUUUUAGUGAACUUCAUAGGCAUUCUGUGUGCACGGAGCCUUCAUUAUCAGUUUUACUCAUGGUACUUCCACAGCUUGCCAUAUCUGUUGUGGUCUACUAAUUUUUCAAUCAUUUUUAAGUUUUUAAUUUUAGCUCUUAUAGAGUUUUCAUGGAAUACUUACCCAAGUACUGUAUUAUCUAGUAUGUUGCUUCAUUUUUGCCACUUGAGUAUAUUAUUUGGGGUGUAUAAAAAAAUCUCAAAUGAACUUCAACUUGCUGCCAAAGUCCAAUAAAAAUAAAAUCUUAAGUAAGUAAAAUAUUCUUUAUUGCACCACAAAUAAAACAGGUUCAAGACAGAUUGACUACUUAAAUAAAGGUUGCAACAGGCAGUUUUAUUCAAUUUAUAAAACAGGUUCAAGACAGAUUUACUAUGUAAAUAAAGGUUGCAACAGGCAGUCUUAUAUUUCAUGAAACAGGUUCAAGACAGAUUUACUAUGUAAAUAAAGGUUGCAACAGGCAGUCUUUUUCAUUUUAUAAAACAGAUUCAAGACAAAUUUACUGUGUAAAUAAAGGUUGCAACAGGCAGUCUUAUUUAUUUUAUAAAACAGGUUCAAGACAGAUUUACUAUAUAAAUAAAAGUUGCAACAGGCAGUCUUAUUAAUUUUAUAAAACAGGUUCAAGACAGAUUUACUAUGUAAAUAAAGGUUGCAACAGGCAGUCUUAUUUAUUUUAUAAAACAGGUGCCAGACAGAUUUACUAUGUAAAUAAAGGUUGCAACAGGCAGUCUUAUUCAUUUUAUAAAACAGAUUCAAGACAGAUUUACUAUGUAAAUAAAAGUUGCAACAGGCAGUCUUAUUAAUUUUAUAAAACGGGUUAAAGACAGAUUUACUAUUAAAAAAUGGAUGCAACAGGCAGUCUUAUUCAUUUUAUAAAACAGGUUCAAGACAGAUUUACUAUGUAAAUAAAGGUUGCAACAGGCAGUCUUAUUUAUUUUAUAAAACAGGUUAAAGACAUAUUUACUAUGUAAAUAAAGGUUGCAACAGGCAGUCUUAUUUAUUUUAUAACAGGUUCAAGACAGAUUUACUAUGUAAAUAAAAGUUGCAACAGGCAGUCUUAUUCAUUUUAUAAAACAGGUCCAAGACAGAUUUACUAUGUUAAUAAAGGUUGCAACAGGCAGUCUUCUUCAUUUUAUAAAACCGGUUAUAGACAGAUUUACUAUGUAAAUAAUAUUAAUUUCAUGAGUAACUAUUGCGGUAACCGAAGACAAUAUCAAGUUAUUUUUCUUGAAAACGAUAAUGAAAAUUUAAAAAUAAAAACAGCAGCUCACUACUUUUUACAUAAUAAUAAUAACUCCACGGCCGACUUCGGCCACGGCGACUGCUGUCAACUCCGUUGCUGUCGCUGGUGUGCUCGCCAGUGGCUGAUGUAGCCUAUCUUGUUACUAAAAUUUCGCGAACAUUGCGGGCAUGCGAGCACACCAUCAACAAUGUUAUAGGGUAUUGCCGCGGGUGGUCUGGCUUUUAUUCUAUCGCGCUUGGCAUCAAGCUCUUAGCGCCGCUGAGACUCAAAAUCGGUUAUCUUGGCAUUUAUUGCAGCCCGCCAUUCCGUACGCACGGCUGCCUGCUGCUCCCAUCGCGAGGGCUCUACGCCACAAUUUUUCAUGUGACGCUUAAGCACAUCUUUGUAGGAACUUAUUAAAAUAUACGAGGGUAAAUCAAAAAGUUCUUAGAUAUAGGGUCAAAAACAAAAGAAAAUCAUUGUUUUUAUUUUUAUUUUUCUACAUAAUCUUCUUUUUCAAUACAUUUUAAGUACCAUUUUUCAAGUUUUUUUAUUCCUUCCGAAAAAAAAUGUUUUUUCUUGAGUCUCGAAAAACUCCUCCACAGCACUCAUCACCGCGUUAUCGUCAUCAAAUUUAGUUCCACGGAUGUGCUCUUUUAAUUUGGGAAAUAAGUGAAAAUCACUCGGAGCUAAGUCUGGUGAGUAGGGUGGGUGGUCGAAGAUCUCAAAACCAGCUUGGCGGAUUGCAGUGACAGCCAUCUGUGACCGAUGAGCAGGAGCGUUAUCAUGGUGGAACAACACGCCAGCACGCAAUUUUCCUCGACGUUUUUCUUUAAUUGCCUGCCGCACUUUUGGGAUGACUUCCGUGUAAUACGCACCUGUUAUGGUUUUUCCUUUUGGCAGAUAGUCAAUCAAAAGGAUACCAUCCGUAUCUCAGAAAACUGAGACCAUGACUUUCCCUGCCGUCGGAAAUACUCGAAAUUUCUUCAUUGGUGGAGAAGACGGGCGUUUCCAGGAGAUGCUUUGCUUUUUCGUUUCGGGAUCAAAAUGGUAAACCCAUGUUUCAUCCAUGGUGACAAAACGCCGUUAAAAAGUAUCCGGAACACGCUCGAUAAUUUUUAGAUUUCGCUUUGAAAUCUCCAAACGCAAAUCUUUGUUAGCCUCGGUUAACAUUCGUGGAACCCAUCUGGCGGAUACUUUUUUAAACCCUAAAACAUCCAUUGAUUGCACGCUACGCGUCAUAAUGACAGUUUAAAAUAUAAAAUAAAAAUAACUUUUUGAUUCAUCCUCGUAAACCUUACUGCAUAGGCAAGGCAAGAAGAUUAUAUUUUAAUUGCUGUUUUAUGUUAAAAGUUUUUGUAACUAAGUAGGUUCUUUGUUGUGUAACUCCCAUACGUACUUCUCAGUGAAAGAAACUUUGCAGGGGUUUUAUACAGUCACCCUCAAAAAUAUGUUGGUAAUAACUACUACUAGCUCCUUUGUAAUUACUAAGGUGAAAUAUGUAAACAUAAUCAUUGUAACAACUAAGGUGAAAUAUGUAAAAAUAAUAUUUGUAAUAAUAAAGGUAAAAUAUGUAAACAUAAUCUUUGACAACGAUUGUACAUUAAAAAAUUGAUACAAUACAGUGUGUAAUAUAGCAUUAAUUAAAAGUUACAUUUUACUUUUUGUAAAAGAAUAUGUCUGCCCUGGGAAUAUUUUUUA